AAUUUAAAAAAAGAGAAUACAAAAACACCUUCUUUUGUUGACUGACUCUAAUUUACAGACACUUGAACUUAAAAAGUUAAAGCCCAGCACCACGAACACCACUGCCGCCGCAGCUUUCCAGUAACAUUCAUAACCCUCUUUCUCACUUAAUAGGUGAUUAAUGGACUCCCAGCUUCUAUUACUUAACAAGACCAACGCUUUAAUCAAACCUCCACUAUUCAGUCUCUUUGCUUAUUCAAAACCCAGAAACAACCCAUCUUCCAAUUUCUCUUUAGGGUGUAAGUUGAAGAGAGUAAUGUGUGCAAUGAAGUCUUAUAGGUUAUCAGAACUUAGUAAUGCAGAGGUUGAAAGUUUGAAAGCUCGGCCUCGUAUUGAUUUCUCUUCCAUUUUUGGCAUUGUUAAUCCUAUUGUUGAUGAUGUUCGUCAAAGAGGCGAUGAUGCAGUUAAAGAUUAUACUGCAAAAUUUGACAAAGUCAAAUUGGACAAGAUUGUCGAGAAUGUUUCUGAGCUUCCUGAUCCGGAGCUUGAGGCCGCUGUUAGGGAAGCAUUUGAUGUGGCAUAUGACAACAUAUAUGUAUUUCAUCUUGCUCAAAAGUCCACUGAAAAAAGCGUUGAGAACAUGAAAGGUGUUAGAUGCAAACGUGUGGCUCGGAGCAUUGGUUCUGUCGGUCUUUAUGUACCAGGGGGAACUGCAGUUUUACCAUCCACAGCUCUGAUGCUUGCUGUUCCUGCACAAAUUGCUGGGUGUAAAACUGUUGUCCUUGCAACUCCUCCAUCUCAGGAUGGCAGCAUAUGCAAGGAGGUACUGUACUGUGCCAAGAAGGCUGGUGUCACUCACAUCCUUAAAGCUGGUGGAGCUCAGGCUAUAUCUGCCAUGGCUUGGGGGACAGAUUCUUGCCCCAAGGUUGAGAAGAUUUUUGGGCCAGGAAAUCAGUAUGUGACAGCUGCAAAAAUGAUUCUCCAAAACAGUGAAGCAAUGAUUUCGAUUGACAUGCCUGCUGGGCCUUCUGAAGUUUUAGUCAUUGCUGACAGUUAUGCUAGUCCUGUUCAUAUAGCUGCGGAUCUACUGUCCCAGGCUGAACAUGGCCCUGAUAGCCAGGUUGUUCUUGUAGUUGCCGGGGAUGGUGUGGAUAUGAAAGUCAUUGAAGUGGAAAUAAGUAAGCAACGUCAAAGCCUACCAAGGGGUGAAUAUGCUUCAAAAGCACUUAGCCACAGUUUCACCGUCUUUGCUCAUGACAUGGUUGAGGCUGUCUCCUUUUCAAACUUGUAUGCUCCUGAGCAUUUAAUCAUUAAUGUAAAAGAUGCGGAGAAGUGGGAGAACUUUAUUGAGAAUGCAGGUUCUGUGUUCUUGGGCCCGUGGACACCAGAGAGUGUUGGGGAUUAUGCCAGUGGGACAAACCAUGUCCUUCCAACAUAUGGAUAUGCACGGAUGUAUGGUGGGGUAUCCUUGGAUUCUUUCCAGAAAUACAUGACAGUGCAGUCUUUGACAGAGGAAGGUCUCAUGAAGCUUGGUCCAUAUGUGGCAACCAUGGCUGAAGUUGAAGGGCUGGACGCCCACAAGAGAGCUGUAACUCUUAGACUUCAGGAUAUUGAAGCCAGACAGGUUUCUAAUACGAGAUAGUGUUUUAAUUAGGCAACCACAUAUAUAUUCAUUUUUUUUUUGGGAUGACAUUUUUACCAUGCUUGAGUUUACCGAAAUUUCAAGUUGUAUCUCUAUAAAGUUUUGGCUUGUAACGUUACCUUUCCCAUUAAGUCAUAAAUGAAUCUCUCAUUUGCUUCA